AUGCGCAGCCAAGCUCUGAUCAGCACUGCCUUAAUAGGCCUCGCCGUUGCUCAUGGCGACGGCACACGAAACCCCGUGCCCAAAGUCCCCGAAAACGCCAAUUGGAUCACCAAACACAUGGCGGAGGAGCAUCACAUGGCUGGCUGGGACGACAGCGCAUUCUUCUCUCUCCACGACUACAACAGUGACGGGCGGUGGCAGGGCGACGAGAUUCUGCGCACAUACGGCCUGAUGGACGACUCCAACAAGCACGUGUCUGCCGAGCGCCGCAAACAGAUCCUAGACGACGUCGUGCGCCUCAUUGACACCGACGGCGACGGCCAAGUUACUCUGGCGGAGUGGCUCUCAUACACCAAGAGCGGCAAGACUCUGCCUGACAUGGGCACCGGUCCCGGGCACCACGGCGACGAUGAGUACGAGUACGAGAUCCAUCACUGGGAGAAGUACCAUAAUGAGGAUACGAAGAUGGAGGACCUCACGCAUCCCGAGGAUAUCGAGCACUUCAAGAAGCACGAUGAGAUUGAGGAUGAGCAGAGGAGGCUCGAGGCUCUGGACAAACUUUCCGUCGUCGAGUCCAACAUCCCCUCCAAAUUCCUGCGGCAACGGUGA